AUGCCUGGUCACUACCAUUAUCGCCGUCGAUGUUUCUCAUUAAAACGAACGAGUGAAUAUGCACAACAUUGGUUUCAUGAACGUACGUCAUCCUUAUCACGUCGACAUCAAUCUCUCAAACGUGAUACUUCAUCAACUAUCGACAUAAGUCAGAAGAACAUCGGCCACAGAAUGGCCAAAAAAAACUAUGAUCUUCUAUUUAAAUUACUGCUGAUCGGUGAUAGUGGCGUUGGAAAAACGUGUGUUUUAUUUCGUUUUUCUGAUGAUUCAUUCAAUUCAUCUUUUAUUUCCACCAUUGGAAUUGAUUUCAAAAUAAAAACAAUUGAACUUGAUGGUAAAAAGAUCAAACUGCAGAUAUGGGAUACUGCUGGUCAAGAGCGUUUUCACACUAUAACCACAUCGUAUUAUCGCGGAGCCACCGGUAUCAUGCUCGUUUAUGAUGUGACUCAAGCACGAUCUUUUGAAAACAUCGAUAAAUGGCUGCGUAAUAUUGAUGAUCAUGCAUCUGACGAUGUUGUCAAAAUGUUGAUUGGUAAUAAAUGUGACAUGGAAGACAAACGUUGUAUAGCGCGUGCUCGAGGUGAAGCUCUAGCCCGAGAACAUAUGAUUCCAUUUCUUGAAACAUCUGCAAAGAAUAAUAUUAAUAUUGAGAAAGCUUUUUUCGAAAUGGCACGACUUGUAUUGAAAAAGACGCCGUCAAAUGUAUCUGAGCCAACAUCUGGCGGAGCUAUUGGUGUUUCGCAAGGAAAUAGACCAACGAAUCAAUCAAGUUGUAUUAAUUGUAUGUGA